AUCAUCGUCUGCAGUGGGAGGGGACUGUGUUUUACUCAAGCUAUUUAUGGUAUCUCCCCAGUUCUUAGUGUGUCUCACCGACAAGCGUGUGGCGCAGCACGGACAGAAAUAGUCGGUAGGAUGUCCAAAGAGGGCCAACCACGUGAGCCUGAGCAGCUGCGGAAGCUCUUCAUUGGAGGGCUUAGCUUUGAAACCACGGACGAUAGUUUGCGGGCACAUUUUGAACAAUGGGGCACCUUAACGGAUUGUGUGGUAAUGAAAGAUCCAAACACCAAACGCUCCAGGGGCUUUGGGUUUGUCACUUAUUCCAACGUGACUGAAGUCGAUGCCGCUAUGGAUGCACGUCCUCACAAGGUCGACGGUAGGCUCGUGGAGCCCAAGCGAGCUGUGUCUCGAGAGGACUCCAACAAGCCAUUUGCUCACACAACUGUGAAGAAGAUCUUUGUGGGUGGCAUUAAGGAUGACACAGAGGAGAACCAUCUUCGUGACUACUUCAAACAGUUUGGCAAAAUCGAGGCCAUUGAAAUCAUGGUUGACCAUAAGACCGGAAACAAAAGAGGCUUUGCCUUUGUUACAUUUGACGACCACGACUCCGUUGAUCGUAUCGUCAUUCAAAAAUACCACACUGUGAAUGGGCACAACUGUGAAGUCAGAAAAGCUCUGUCUAAACAAGAGAUGCAGAACACUGGCAUGAACAUGAGAGGCCGUGGUGGUGGAGGAGGCGGUGGAAACUUCAACAGAUACGGCAACAAUGGCGGCUACAACAGUGACUUUGGCGGAGGCGGUGGUGGUGGCGGCGGCAACCGCGAUGGCUAUUUUGGAAGAGGAGGCAGAGGUGGUGGAGGUGGCGGCGGUUAUGGAGGUGACUGCUACAACAACGGAUUUGGUGGCGGAGAUGGUGGUUAUGGUGGUGGUCCUGGCAACUAUGGUGGAAACCGUGGAUAUGGCGGUGGUGGCGGAGGAGGAGGGCAUGGUUAUGGCAACCAGGGAGGUGGUGGUGGUUAUGGUGGCGGCAACAGCGGUGGUGGCGGCUAUAAUGACAAUUACAACAAUGGCAAUGGCAACUUUGGAGGUGGCAACUUUGGAGGAGGUGGUGGCAGUGGAGGUGGUAACUACAGUGACUUUGGCAACUAUAACAACCAGCAGUCCAACUACGGUCCCAUGAAAGGGAACUUUGGAGGUGGUGGCGGCGGAGGAAGAAACAGUGGCCCAUAUGGUGGUGGCUAUGGCGGUGGAUCUGGUGGCGGAUACGGUGGCGGCUCUGGUGGUAGACGGUUUUAAGCUCAAAAAGGACUGAGUGCUUUAGGAGAGGAGAGCAAGAGAAGUGACAGGGCAGAUGCAGGUUUACAUCCCUAGAUCUGCUCAGCCAAACAGGUGUGGCAGGCUUACAGCUGCCACCAGAAGAAGUGUACAGUAGCGCUAUCAUGUGUGGGACAUCAUGAAAUUGUCAUCAUGCAGACUUAUUUUAUAUUGUCUAUGGAAAAAGCAUUCCAAUGAGGUUUUAUGUAGACUUACUUUCAGUCUUUAUGGUUUUGAUUUUUAUGUAACCAACCAAGGUGAAAUAAAACAUCCUUUUUGUUUUUUUAAAAAUUGUGCGUUUUAGUCAUUUUUCUUUGGGGUUUUAGAGUAGUACACUUUAACUUAACUGGAGCGUCUGAGCCUUUUUAGUAGAACCUAAACUCAACUGUCAAGUGGCUCUUAAAAACAAGGUAAAUGUAACUCAAACUGGUUCAAAAAGUAUAGGCUGUUUAAUGCAAAUGCCUAGAGUAGUGUGGCCGCAUAUCAGUCUAGCCAUGGGAGCAGGCUGAGAAAGGAGUAGCAAGAUCGUCGCCCUGUGAAGAAGCAGAGAGCAGGGAGUACAGGGCGCCACUCAAAGACUAGCAGGCAGCGCUUUUAUAACUCCUGUAGGUAAGAACAGACUUCUCCACUACCGCUGGUAACUGUAAAACAAUUUUAUUAGCAGAAGCUGUACAGUUAAUGUGAACUUCCCAUUCAGUGUUGUGUAUGUUACAGGGGAAGUAACUGCAGUCAGCAUAGUUUGGUGCACAAGAUUUUGUAGACAUUUAAACCCUUUUUAAUGCAUGCCCACUUGUGGUUUUUCAAUGUUCUGUAUUUAACUUGCUGACCUUGUUACUCUUGCUUUUUCAGGAUCUGAUGAGUGAAAUUCAUCACUUGAAAUGAAAAGGCAUUUGUCUGUCUAUAAACGGGUGAAAUGAUAAAAGGUACUUGCUCUUGUAAUGCAAUACUUUUUAUCUGGUUUAUAAUAUCCCAAGUCUCAAACUUGUUCUCUUUUCCAGGACCAAGAUGCAGCUGAAGAGAUUUUAUUUUUAUUACCUGUUUUUACCUUUUUUACAAUAAACUUUUAAUGCUACAA